UGGCACCAAAAGCAAGCAAAGAUGGUUGCUUCUAAAGCACCCAUUAUCAAUCUUCUUCUUCUUCUUCCUUCGUAUUCUUCACAUCGGAACUCCAACACCAUUAACUCAAACGCUAAACACCUAAAACCCAUCUUGAAAACCCCAUUACCAAACAGGCGCUUGUUCCUCUUCUCUCUCUCCCUACCUACUCUCCUCCUUCAACCCACUUCUUGUUAUGCUAUCGCCAGCUUCGACCCGGUGACUUCCACCGAGAGAGAAGCAAGUGCCGCGAUUUCUCGGAGAGUAUCGGAAGCUGUGGAUUUGUUGGAUAAAGGGAGGGAGUUACAGGCUAAGGGUGACUUUAACCAAGCUCUUGGAUAUUAUACUCAGGUGGUUGAAAAAUACAAAGACUUGGCCUUUUCAGACUAUGCAAGAGUGGGAAGAGCAUUGGCUUUGUACGAGGUUGGUGACAGAGAAGAAGCAAUUGCAGAAAUGGAGGAUGUGUCCAUAUCUCUUAAGGGAUAUCCAGAAGUCCAUGCAGCUCUAGCAGCAGCCUUGUAUGUGGACAAGCAUGCUCUACUGCUGGCGGAAAACCAAUUCACUAUUGCAACUCUACUUGACCCUCACUACACAGACGUUUCUUAUGUAAAAGAAACAAAGCAUUGGCCUCCAAGUUUAGUCAGUUCUUUGCAACAGUUCAUCACUCUUUCCUAGGGUUCUGUAUUAUAUCUUAUACAACUUGUUAUCAAACAAGACAUACGGUGUGGCCACAUUUAGAUUUUUUGGUCACUUUUACCUGCUAAUUAUCUUUUUCAAAUUACUCAAUAAAAUUAUUACAGUGAAGAAAUGGCGUAUGGGAAUGAUGCAUCUUCCUGAAAUAUAUUCUGUUUGAUCA